AUGAUUAAAUCAACGCAGAUAGCCAGGCUAGAUGGCCUCAUGCUAGCGGCCUCGGUGGAUGACGAGCAGGUCGAGACGGAGCUGGCCGAGGUCAAGUCGCAGGCGAAGAUGAUCUUCAGGCGGCUGAACCGCAACUCGGAGCAGCAAGCCAGCAUCGAGUCUGGACAAUACACGUUGCACUAUAUCAUCCAGGACUCGGUGUGCUUCCUUUGUAUAUGCGACCGAUCCUAUCCGCGGAAACUUGCGUUUACCUACCUCUCGGACCUUGCUCAAGAGUUCACCACCGUCUACCCCUCACAACAAUAUCUUUCCGCGACAUUGCGCCCUUACGCGUUUGUCGAGUUUGACACAUUUAUACAGCGGACGAAGAAGACAUACCAAGACAGUCGUGCGAGCGCAAACCUGGACAAGCUGAACGACGAGCUAAAGGAUGUCACCAAAGUCAUGACCAAGAAUAUUGAGGAUCUUCUGUACCGCGGGGACAGUCUCGAACGAAUGGGCGAGAUGAGUGGACGGUUACGAGAAGACAGCAAGAAAUACAGGAAAGCGGCGGUCAGGAUAAAUUGGGAGCUGAUGCUGAAACAGUACGGGCCGUUUGUUGGGGUUGGUCUGAUCGUGUUGUUUUUCCUCAUCUGGAGAUUCUGGUAG